UCAUCAUCAUCAUCAACAUUAUCAUCACCAUCUCCGUCAUCAUUGCCAUCAGCAGCUACCCCACCGUCACCAUUAUCUUUACUACCCAUCAUCGCUUAUCGGGUACGUUACCUUUUUUAGCGCUACUUAGAGCCGCUGACAAGUCCCUCCACCAACAACUACGUACAAGAGGCUGCGUCCAAGACUGGUUACUUAAUAUAAAUUUCAGUGGCAUAUGGUACAAAAGAUUUGUUCUGAGAUCAUCUCCACCUAUGCACUGUGCGGCUUUGCCAACCUUGGAUCCAUCGGCGUACAGUUAGGAGGGCUGGGACCCAUGGCUCCCCACCGAGUCACUGACAUGUCUAAGAUAGCCAUUCGUGCCCUGUUUGCGGGCACUAUUGCGUGUUUUAUGACCGCCUGUGUUGCGGGAGUGUUGUAUGACGAGUCGCUGUACGAGGGUGCGGUCGCUAUUGGCACACUCGCCCCUAACGUGACAGCCACGAUAGCCUCCAAUCCCACAACAAUAGCGCCUACAACCGCGUGAGAAUAUUCCUGGGAUCCAGUUCUGGUGGUACCGUAUCUCUAGCAAAUGCACCAGGGUUAAAGUACGUGCACGGGUUUAGCUAGUGAAUUCAAGAGUUGGCCUUCACACUUCUCCGGAAGAUUUCAGUCUAAAUCAAGGUCCUGCCAGAACAAGUCAGGGUUCAGACACAUUAGGGCAGGUUAACUCACCGAUUUGGCGGCCCGAUUGUAAGACAGAGUAUUCUUCGGGCCACUGCUUUGCUCUGUGAGGAUAUAAAUCUGACAUCAAGUUCAGAAAAUUGUCCUGACAAAUGGGCGAGUUUAUCACCUUGAAAUAUUGAUCUCGGGCUAUUUUUAAGUGAGCUUUUUCCACUGAGAACAAUCCACGAUAAAAGUUAUUUCUCUAGAUUUCUUUCUCCACGAGCUGGAGUGAGUCAUUUUUCAGCUAGUUUUAGUGACAGUUACAUCUAACAGACGAAACGCACAAAUAUGCGUUAAUUUAUGCAUUUUCUAACACCAUCGAUUACUUUUCAACAUCAAAUUUACAUCGCAAUAAUUCAUGCUAAAAUAAUCAAGGACAUAACAGAUCUCCCAAGUUUUUACCCUAGGGUUUCAAUUCUUAGAAGUGGUAUUUUCUAUUGGGUCGGGGGAGGGUGCGAGAUAAAUGUGUAUAUAUUAAUAGUCUAAACAGUUUUUUUUAUUGGUGUCUGAAUUGAAAUGUGUAUUACGAGCUGCCUGAAAUCCCAGUUAUUUAUAUUUUAUGUUUGACACUUCUUAAAAGUGCCGGGCCUUAUUCAACAACGGCCAACAUUGGUUAUAGAAACAAUGGCUUUCUGUCGGCAAACUUCACGAGGUUUCGCGAAAAUUUCCUGUAUUUUGGGAGUUUUGUUACAAUUGCUUCCUGGUAAGUUUUAGCGCCUUACACAUAGUCGUGUUUGUAAUAUAGAUAACUAAGUGAAAUCUAUUUAAUUGUAAAUAAAAUGUAGAAUAGUAUGAUAAUUUUUCUGUUGCUACAUGUAUGAAAGGCCACAUAAAAUAAUCGUUUAGCAUAGAGCCUCUAGGGCUCCUCACGUGAAGGGAAAAAAAUCUAUCAGCAAGGCGCUAAAGCUUAUCAAGGUAUAUUUAGAUAUAUUUAUUAACAUAAUAUUUUUCUUAAAUACUAAUAAACUUUAAUAUGAUACAA